AUGAUGAAUUUGACAAUUGAUGACAUCACCUGGAUGGGCGAUUUACUGUUUAAUCGAAGCAAUCGAUCCAUUAAGUUCCUUGACAACGGGUAAGUCUGAGGAAGUCAUACGAAGUAUUGUGCAGUAAUAUUUAUCUUCUAAACGAGUUCGUAGAAUGGGAAGACAUAAAGAUGAGGUUGAAUAACAAUUGGACUUAUAUGGUGUGUUAUGCAACGUCCAUGGUUUUCAACUUUGUUUGGUUUUUGAUGAGUCUUAUUAAGAAAAAACAUGGGUACUAUCAGAAGUAAGCACAUUGGCAAAAUAAGUUUUAAAAAAUUUAGAAUAAACAUCAUUCUGGCCAACCUGGCCUUUUGCAAUUUUAUUUUAUCGACGGGAUUUCUAUUAUAUACAUUUUUAAUUGACAUUUACUAUGACGUUGACUCUUUUAACACCUUGGUUGCACUUAAUGAAGACUCCGUUUUCUCCCAAAUAUGGCCAGUUUCGAAGGUACGGUCAUUUUGGAUUGAGAUUGCCAUGAUAAUCUUUCCCGUAUUUGUUUAGGUUAUAUUACACAAAGAAAUGGUGGAAUCGUUUAUCUCCUCUCAGUCGAUAAUUCUGUUCCUUCUGAGUCUGGACAGAUAUUGUGCCCUCUUUCCGAAUUACUGUGGAUUUAUUAAACGAGCGUGGGUGUUUCUAUUAAUAUCUCUGACGCCUUACUUCUUUUCUAUUUUUCUACUGGAUCAGGACCUCUUAUUGUUGGUUUUCGACAAGUCGCAAGUGAAGAUAGUGAAGUCAGUUUUCUUUAUAUUUCGUGUAAUCGAAUUUUUAUCGAUUCUCUCUGCAAAUCAAUUUUAUUUCUUUCAGAUUGGUUUUCCUCUUACUACCAACAUUGCUGGCGUCGAUAUUUACAAGUUGCAGCGUAGCCCGGUUGAUGCAAGAUACUUAUUCCAGCAAUCCCAACCAUAAUCUCCCUUGUUCAGCCACUUUAUUUUUCCUUCUAGUCAUACAAAUAAUAGAAAGAUUUGGCCAUUUCCUGAACCUUCUUCACGCAAAUUUCCAUGUGCAAUACGUUGUAGGGUCUUCAGACAGUAACAAGGUCCUUAAUCACUAUCUAUCAUCCUUUUACUCGCUCUGUAAUAUAUUACUUUUGACCUCUCCAUUAUAUCAAUCUGUCUUUUUCUUGAUCACCAUGAAGAUCUACAGGAAGAAGAUGAUGCAGAUGGGGGAGAGAAUCAUCAAAUGUUUCCGAUGUCGGAUGAAGCCGAAAUUGGAUUACAAUUCGGAGACCAUGAGAUCGAUUAUUGCGGAGCAACGGAGACUGCGCAAUAUGAACCAAUAG